GUGAAGUGCAUGAUGAUUCUCCGAUAGAGGAGGUGAGGCUCACGGUUCCGACGACCGACAACAAGGAUUUGCCGGUGCUUACACUCCGAACAUGGGUCCUGGGCCUCAGUUCAUGUGCCCUUUUAGCCUUUCUCAGUGAAUUCUUCAUGUAUCGCCAGAAUCAGAUCGGGUUAGACUCAACCUUGCCACAACUAGGCCUCCUUGCGGUCGGAAGAUUGAUGGCCGCGACCCUCCCCGCAAAGUCCUUGAGAAUCCCGUGGACCGGAUGGAAGGUUUCGCUCAAUCCCGGGCCCUUCAAUAUCAAAGAGCACGCGCUCGUCAUGAUUCUAGCUUCGUCUGGUUUUUCGAUCCCUUAUGCCAGUGCAGUGGUACCUCAAAUGAAAGUGUUCUACCACAGGGAGAUUAAUCCCUGGGCUGCUCUCCUGUUGAUCCAAACAUCUCAGGUGAUGGGUUAUGGGUUUGCUGGUGUGUUUAUGAAGUUCCUUGUGGACUCUCCGUACAUGUGGUGGCCUGCGACUUUAGUUGAUGUUUCUACCUACAGGGCACUUCAUGAGGUCGAAGUGAGACAAAAGGGAGCCCUAACUAAAAUUCAGUUCUUCGCGAUUGUCGCCGUCUCGAGCUUUGCUUACUAUGUCGUUCCCAACUACUUCUUCCCCUCGAUCACGGCCCUAUCAUUCGCCUGCUGGAUUUGGAAGAGCUCAAUCACGGCGCAACAGAUUGGGUCAGGCAUUUCUGGUCUCGGGCUCGGGUCGAUCGGGCUUGACUGGUCGACCAUCUCUAUGAUCGGCAACCCCAUGGCCAAUCCAGCAUUCGCAACAUUUAACAGGCUCGCCGGGUUCAUCCUCAUGCUUUACGUCGUAACUCCCCUCGUUUACUGGAGGAAUGUAUACAAUGCCAGAAGAUUUCCUAUUUUCAGCCCGGGGACAUUCGACGAGGCCGGCGGGAAAUACAACAUUUCAAGGGUGCUGGACAGCAAAAGAUUUGAGCUGGAUAAGAGUGCAUAUGAGGAAUACUCGCCAUUGUACAUGAGUGCAUUCCUGGUGGUUUCCUACGGUUUUCAUUUUGCGGCGUUAAUAGCUACUCUAGUCCAUGUGGCUCUUUACAACGGGAGGUCGAUAUGGCAACAGUACAAACAAGCGAGUUCGAGUUCAAGUAGAUCGGACGACAUCCACACUCGAUUGAUGAAGAACAACUACAAGUCCAUCCCGCAAUCGUGGUUUAUCGUGCUACUGUUAAUGAUGCUUGGUUUAUCAAUACUAACAGUUGAAGGAUUCGGGAAACAAUUCCAACUUCCUUUUGUGGGGAUCCUGUUGGCAUGCGCCAUGGUUUUUAUUCUCCUCCUACCUUUCGGGGUUCUCGUGGCUACAACAGGCCUGGUGAGUUUAAGAUCUCAUAGAAUUAAUUAA